UUCCGGGUCUCGCGCCGGGUUGGCGCCGAGGCGCUCUAGCUCCGCUCGUCGUCCACUCAGUGGUAGUGCCGGGGUUCGCGGAAGAGCGGGCCUCGGCGUUUGUUGUGCGUGGUUACGAGUUCUUCUCGAACCCGGGCGGCGGACCUCGCGCUAAGGUGGAAAGGGCCGUGGUGACUCUAGGCGGGAAGGAGCGGGAGCGUGGAGACGGGUCCCUGGAUAGGACCGGCACCGGGGCCGUGUGAUGGAAGCCGGGUGAUCAGCACAUAACUUAUUAGAGAGAGAUCCCUCGACAGAAUUAAACAGGAAAUUUGCUAGAAUCAAGAAUGAUGGAUCCGUGUUCAGUUGGAGUCCAGCUUCGUACCACAAAUGAGUGCCAUAAGACUUACUAUACUCGUCACACAGGUUUCAAGACUUUGCAAGAGUUAUCAUCAAAUGAUAUGCUUUUACUUCAACUUAGAACCGGAAUGACACUUUCUGGGAACAAUACAAUUUGUUUUCAUCAUGCAAAAAUUUACAUUGACAGAUUUGAGGAUUUGCAGAAGUCAUGUUGUGACCCAUUUAACAUACACAAAAAGCUAGCCAAAAAAAAUCUGCAUGUAAUUGACUUAGAUGAUGCCACUUUUCUGAGUGCAAAAUUUGGCAGACAGCUUGUACCUGGUUGGAAGCUUUGUCCAAAAUGUACACAGAUAAUCAAUGGAAGUGUGGAUGUUGAUACUGAAGACCGGCAGAAAAGAAAACCUGAUUCAGAUGGAAGAACUGCUAAAGCUUUGAAGUCAUUACAAUUUGCAAACCCAGGGAAGCAAACUGAAUUUGCUCCAGAAACUGGUAAAAGAGAAAAAAGAAGGCUUACAAAAAAUGCAGCCUCUGGUUCAGACAGACAAGUGAUACCAGCAAAGAGCAAGGUCUAUGAUAGCCAGGGCCUUCUGAUCUUCAGUGGAAUGGACCUGUGCGACUGCCUUGAUGAAGAUUGCUUAGGCUGUUUCUAUGCUUGUCCUGCCUGUGGCUCUACCAAGUGUGGGGCAGAAUGCCGCUGUGACCGCAAGUGGCUGUACGAGCAAAUUGAAAUUGAAGGAGGAGAAAUUAUUCAUAAUAAACAUGCUGGAUAAUUUGUGCUGUCAAUUUAUGGGAUCUUUAAAGUACUUUCUCUGUUUCUAAAAUUCUGUCAUUCUCAGAUACAUUUUCAAGUAGAUUACCAAAAGACAGAAAUUUGAAAACUACCCCAGCCAACAUGCACUCAGUGUGCACUAACAUUCUAAAUUUAGAUCGGCUAUUUCAACAAUCACUUUAAGCCUACUUGGGUCAUUGUAAACAAAUAAGGUAUAGGCAGUCCUCAGUUUGCACAAUUCCCAUAUCCACAAAUUUUGAUAAUAGUGAAUUAGUUAAAUAACACCAGUUCAUAACAGCAAGCUGAAAUUUCAGUUACCACAGUAUAUUAACUAUUAGUACAUGAUAUACAAAUGUGAGUAACAUGUUUUUCAUGAUCAAUGCCAAACACAUUACUUCUCUCAAAUUCUGCUGUGCAUUGGUCACUGCACAUCUUUUUAACGAGCUCACCCAUAGACAGCAAAGCAUACAGGUAUAUUUGUUUGUUCUGCAUGCGACAUCUUUUAAAAGUAGAUAAUGGAAAGAAUGGGCAAAGAAAUGGAAAAUGGUAAUGCUAGAAGUGAGAUCUGAGCUGAACAUUAAUGGAGCUGUAGCAGAAGUCACUGAUCAUGGGAGCGUGGACACUGCUGCUUUUCUAGAGCCUCUAAGACAGGCAGCCCGAGAAACGUCAAGUGCACGCGACGGAAAGGACGACUGCCCCAGAGGAAGCGAUGGUAAAAAACUUCACAUUAAAGGGAAUUGCAGAAACAUUUCAUGACAUUGAAAGUACAAAUGAUGAAGUGGGGGAAACUAAUCUAAAUGUAAAGGAGUAUGGCAAUUUGUCAUGGUGUAUGUUAUUUG